AUGGUUCCUGUUCUUUGACGUUCUUUGUCUCCCUGGUUUGUCUCCCGUUCUCUGACGUUCUUUGACGUUCUUUAGCCACACAGUUCUUUUUAGAUAGUUAAAAAUUAAAAUCAAUUAAUUAAAUUAAAUUAUAAUCAUAAUUAUAAUUAUAUUAUAUUAUUAUUAUUAUAUUAUAUUAUAUUAUAUUAUAUUAUUAUUAUUUAAGGAUUAAGGAUGUGGCCGCGCACCAGUCCGCCCGCCGCGGCUCCCAUUUUUUUUUUUUUUUGGGGGCUCAUAAAUUGCAAUCCUUCGGGUUGGCUGGGACCGCUAGAAAAAGAGCUAAAAGAGGUUAUAAAGCAACGACGGCAAGCAAUUGGGUGAAAGUCAAACCCCUGCGCGCAAAGAGCGCUGCGCAGAUCAAAACUCGCCGAGCACCUAACGCGGACUCCAACGGGCGGUGA